AUACAUGCCGAAGACCAUACAAGUCAUGAAGAAGAUGACACCGUUGUUUCCUUAAAGGAAAUGUGUGGGUCUCUAUAUAAGUGUAGACUUCGUCUUGUGUUUUUUCCUCACAUUAGACGAAAUUUUCGAUCGUAUACUUUCUUAGCUUUUGGUUACAACUACAUCAAAUUUUCAACAUGACGCAAAAGAUUGUGAUGAAGGUUCAAAUGAAUUGCCAAAAAUGCCAGACUAAGGCACUCACUGUUGCAGCUGAAGCAAGCGGUGUGAACUUUGUGGGAUUAGAAGGAGCAGAGAAAGAUAAAGUGGUGGUGAUGGGUGAUGGAGUUGAUGCUGCAAUGUUGGCUACUACUAUGAGGAAGAAGGUUGGGCACGCUGAUAUUAUUAGUGUAGCAGAGGUGAAGAAAGGAAACUAAGUUGGAAAGCCAUAUAAAUAUACUCUUAGCUACUAGAAUUCCUUUUGAAGGACACAACCUUUUCUUUUCCUUUUUUUGCUAACCAGGUGAGAGAUGUAUAUUGGCAAGGUGUUAAUGUAAUAAACAUUCUCACUUUUUUUUCUCAGCAGAAAAAAAAAUUGUAAUAAACGUUCUCUUAACUUUUUUUUUUUG